AUGCAGCGAGACGAUCGCUCUCGGGAUUCCGAGGGCUCUGGUUCUCGUCGCCGGUGGUACGAGUCUCGCGAUCGCGAUCUUACUCCAAGAGCUGGAGAUCAGAGAGACUCACACUCACGCUCCUCCUACUCGCGUCAGCAACCGCCAUACCAGCAACAACAACAACCUUAUUCACCCAUGUAUCAAUCACCAACGCAGCAACGACAGUAUGAUCCGCAAAGACAGGAUCAAUUCCAAAUGUACCAACAAUCACCACAGCAAAAUCCGGCAUUACCACAACGACCACAACAGUAUCAGUAUCCGUACCAGAACCAGUAUCAGCAGCAGCAGCAGCCCUACUACAGCGCGCCGCCUCAAUCGAUGCCUGGUUAUAAUAGUCCUUACCAGCAGCAGCAGACCCUGCAACAGCAGAACCCGCAACGACCGCAAACACCUUCGAGUGUCUUUUCAUCCUCCAGCGACACAUCAACGUCGCUGCUAGAUAUUUCACGAUUCAAGGAUACGAAGGAAUAUGGUGGCCUACUUGGCACGUUUUUCAAGGCGCCAUCGGAACGGGUUAAACAGCGUCUCCACCGAAAGAAGAGUAAGAAGCGCCGCGUCCUUUACUUUGGCAACUCUUCCUCCUCCUCUGUGAACUCUGAUUUAGCUUAUGGAAACGGCUAUGUGCGACAACCCAAGAGCCGUACCUUGAGCCCCCGAAGUCAAAGUCGUAUUUCUGGCCAGGGUUACGGAUCUGCCGCCGGCGUCGGCCCUGGUCCUAGCCAUGGGCGGCGACGUAGCUCUGGAGGGUCUGAUCGUGCUGCGCGACUGACCCCCAAGAAGAAAAAGACCGCCGAUGAGGAGAUAAUGGCUCUCGGCCAGCAGCUGUCUAACCUGGCACGUCUUUCCAAGGAGGAUGAGCAGCGUCAGGCGCGCAAGGCAUCAGGUAAGGGUAAAGGUAAAGCAGCCGCCAUGGGACUCGCAGCUGGCGUUGCCGGCGCCGCUAUGGCUUCUCAAUAUGGCAGAGACAAGAAUGGCCGCAUGAUAAACGGCUUGAAGCAGCGUGUCGCAUCUUCAGACGACGAGGACGAGUGGGAAGAUGCUUCCGGAGACGAAGAUGACUCUUAUUCUUCUUCUUCAAGCAGCGAUGGUGCUGGUUCAGCUGCCGACUCGGAGCUUGCCUACGGAACCGUUGCAGAGUCCAUCAAGCCUGCGCUCGGCGCUGCAGCAGCCGCUGGAAGCGCCGCCGCCGCAGGCAUGGUAGACCACCGAAGACAAUCCAGUUACGGCUAUGACUCGUCGCCAGAGCAUCGGAGGCAUGGAAGUAGGGGCUCCGUUGUUGAUCCUCGUCUUUUUGGACCCCACAACUCGCUGCGAGGCUCAAUUAACACACCGUGUGGAUUCCGAAAUGAUGAUGAAGCUGUCGCAUACCGUCGGGAUUCAGGCAAUUUCGGAAACGGUACACCAAUCCACAUGCGAGAUACGUAUUCUGAUCCUAACCGUUACGAUGGAGAGCGGUUCUCAACGCCUAUCGCACAGCAAGAUCCUUCAGCCCGACCCGCCCCGGUCCCCUUGCAGCAACCGGUUCCUAAAACCCCCGUUUCUUCAAAGGUCUACGAUGCUGUGAAGGUUGAUGAAGCAAACCGCAGAAACCAUCGUCAGCGACGAUCUGAACAACCUGAAGAGAAGGACUGGAGUGGAGUCGCCGUCGGUGGCAUUGCUGCCGCAGCAGCAGCAGCAGGCGUGGCCAUGGUCGCGUCCUCGAAGAAGGAUAGCCGUGAGUAUCGUGAUGAGCAGCAGCGUGAUCGCGACGAUCGGGAGAAUCAACGCCGACUUGACCGGGACCGCCAGAGAGCUCUGGAACUUGAAGAGCAAAAGCUUCGAGAGCUUGAGCGUCAAAAAUUGCGAGCACAGCAAAGGGCGCAAAACCCUGAAAACGAGGCAGACCGACACGAACAACUGGAGAAGGAACGUGCACGAAACAUGAAGUGGGAACGUGAAUACCGCGAAAUGGAACCCGAGGCUAUUAUUCCCAAUUAUAAUAAUGAGCGAAAAUCUUCACGAUAUUAUGAUGACGAUACCCCCAAGGAUAGAAAUGACAACAAGGAGAAGAGUAAUGUCGAUGUAGUGGUUGCCCCGAAAUCUGAUCAGAACGAGGGGAAACCAUUUGGAAUACAGUACGGCCCAGAGUUCCAGCUUGAGCGUGAGCCGACGGUUCAGGUUGGGACUGGCGAGCGCAAGGCUACACGAAAUGGUCGCGACCUCCCUCUAGCGACUGGUGCAGGCCAUCAGGCUGUGACGGAAUCGACCAAGUCUGCACACCAAGAUAUUGAUCCUUUCCAAUAUCAGGUUUCAGACGACGCUUUUACCAUGUCUCAAGGCACUACCCCUGGACGACCCCUUACACCCAAUGUAGUUACUAUUGAGCGCGAGCCCAAUUUUGACGACUCUCCACCAAGAGAUUCGGCUGUCGACGCUCGACUCAGCCGCCGCGACUCCUUCGAGAUUCAGCGCAUGGUCGAAAACUACCACCGAGAGUCGCAGGGCGCAUCGCAACGCCGCGACCCCCGAAACGGCCAUGAGUAUGAAGAGGAGGAGCACAAGGCUAGGUCGAUUCUCGACGAGGCCAAGCACGCCACUAUUCCUGUAGCAGCGGCUGCAAUCGCAUCCGCAGUAGCAGUUGAAAAUGAGCGUUCACAAGAGCGUCGAAAGGCGACUCACUCGGAAGACAGUUCUCGGGACACCUCGCGAAGACGUAAAGAUGCUGUCCAGGAGGAGGCAGAUCGAUACUACCGCGAGACUAAUAUUGCCCGAAAAAUUGCUUCCGAUGAGAUGCGAUCACGCAGCGCCUCACCUGAGCGAUCUGUGGUUGAUAAGUGGCAAGAGAACAAGAAUGAAUCGUUCACUAUUGUCACACCACCAGCCAUGGAGGACAAACAUCCAGAGAAGAGCAUUUAUGAAGGCCCCGACGCAGAUGUGAAGAUCGACAACAAGAUUCAUCCUCGAGAAGAACAUCAGUACCGCAACCUGGGCAAGAAGUCUUCGCGACGGAACGUUUCGCGAGAGCGCCCACUUUUGAACUUGAUUUACCCCACCCCUGCCGUGAGCCGCCAGCAUACACCUGCCCCUGAGGCGCGAAAGCAGCCAGAGGCCACUGAGAUUGUUGACAAACCUGAAGACUUCAGUAUCGGACCUAAGGGCGAGAUCAUCUCUGUCAGCGAGCCAGUCUCUGCUGCCAAGUCUGUGAGCUGGGGAGAGAAUGAGACCAAGCGCUUUGAUGCCGACAGCCCUGAGAAGAGUGAUAACGACAACUAUUUCCCUGCCGAGAAGGCUGCCGAGAAGUCCCGACCCAAGCUGAAUAAGGCGAGCCGCUGGGGUAUUCUUGCUGCUGCACUGGCUGGUAGUAGUGCUGAGCCACAGAACGAACCUGAUGUCGAAGUCGACCCGAAACAAACCGAAAUGCCUGGAGGUUACUCAUACUCAGACGCAGGAAGCAGCGAUGUUUCCAUUCGACGGGCCGAAUUUUACGUUGAUGACAUGAACAGCUUCCCUCCCGUUGUCGGUACUAAGCCUGCAAGCCCACAGCAAAUGCCCGGUCGCUUUGCGGAUGACUUUGAGUUUGCCGCCACCCUUGCUGCUGGAUUGAAAGACACUGGAUUCAACCCCGAUAUCGUCAUUGAUGAUCCGUCCUACAGCCGACGUGACUCCCCCCCAGGAGUCCAAGAAGCAACUGGUGAUUCCCAUGGCGGAUCAAACGGUAACGCCUGGUAUAAACGACCUUAUGCUGAGGCUGCUCCGGAACCCAUUGAUGCUCCAAAGCUUCUGCCCGAGCAAGGAUUUGUCGUUGGAGAGGUCGAGACUCCUCAGGAAACGACACCCCUGCCUUACGAGAGUAAGCGUGAUAUCAGAGCAGAUGCACCCAAGCCUGAAGAUGUGCCGCUUCCUGACAACCAAACUGAAAGUCCAAAGCCCAGCAAACGAGAGCAGCGCAAGCGAGAAAAGUCUGAUGUUGUUGUCGUCCAAGACGAUGGCAGAAUUGAGACUCCCGGGGCCGAACCCUCACCCUCUCGUGAUGUAGGCGAGGCGGUAUGGGAAGACAUUUCCCGCAAGAAGAGCAAGGAUCGUAAGAGUCGUGACUUUGAUGAUGAGUGGAGUUCCACUGUCUCAGCUCCUGCUCCGUAUGAGCCGAGAUCUGACUAUGACCGGGGCACUUCUCAGGACGAAAACCGCGACCGUGACAUUAGUAUGUCUGACGUUGCCAAGGUGGCUGUGCCUGCUGCCCUUGCCCUGGGUGCCAUUGCCUCAGGUUCAAGGGAUACACCUUCUCGCGAUGUUCGCCCUGAUAUGAGUGAUUCUCCAGAGGAGCCACGCAAACAGCUGAACGAUGACUACUACUACGAUGGCGACAGAUCUCGUGUCUCUGCACCUGCCGAGCCGUCUCAUCACCGACAAUCGUCCAGAGACGCUGUGCUCCGAGAUAUCCGAUCAGACGAUGAGCAGGAUCCUCCCAAACACUCAAGAAAACACAAGAAAGAUCGCGAGUCGCGAGAUGAAGGUAGAUACAAGGACUCUUCGACCUUGGACCCGAACGAUCGACGAUCAUCAAGGAGAGAGUCGUCGAGGGAUCGUUCGAGGGAUCGCUCAAGGCAUCGUUCAAGCGACCGCAGAUCCAGAGACCAUUCAAGAGAUCACAAAUCUAGAGAUCGUUCUAGAGACCGCUCAAGGGACCACCGUUCUAGAGAUCACCGCUCAAAAGAUCGUUCAAGAGACAGAACAAGAGACAGGUCGAGGGAUAGAACCAGAGAUAGGUCAAGAGAUAGGUCUCAUCACAGAAGAUCCGAUGACGAGGAGGAGAGACAUAAGAAAUCGAAGCGCCACCCCUAUGGAUAUGACUCACCCACCCAGUCAAUGGCGGCCUCUGAAAUCUCUGUUGCCAGUUCUAGCAGCAAGAGAAGCAAGAAGUCCAAGCGAAGAAAUGGCGCCGGGGACGAUUACGACGACUCAAGAGACAGCCCAUCACACCGCAAGCGCGAGUCUUACGAUGACAGAGAUGCAAGUUCUACUGUCUCGGAGUCGCGUGGACACCGACGAGCAUCAUCUCGAUACGACGAUGACGAUGCUAAGUCGGUUGCGUCUAGCUCAUCCCGCCGUGAGAAGGACUACAAGGAACGCAGAACACCAGAGAAGCGACCAAGCACCAGCGUCCUUUCCGGCCUCUUCAAACCACGCAAGGACAAGAAGGAUUCUUUUUUAGGUAAUGCCGACACCCUUGGCGCGGGUGUCGGCUUGGCGACAGCAGCAGAUAUUUAUGCCUCUGAUGCUGGUCGCUCUAACGCCGCUGAUGCCCCAUCAGACCGAGUGCCUUCUGCCUCUGGUGAUGGGCUACGCCAUGUGCGAAGCUUCGAACUGGUUGACCCUGAGGUCAUACCCCGUGUUAUCAAACCAGCCAUUGACCCCCAAUAUGGCGACCUUCUUCCUCUACCUCCUAGUGAACCUUCUAGCCCAACCUCUUCUGUCUCUGGCGAACUACCCCCUCUUCCUGAUAGUCGACCCGAUACUCCUCCUGAGGAGCGCGGUGUCCGCCGAGAGCCUUGGCCUCAGCAGCGCCGCCGCAGUAUUUUCGAGACGCCUAUCAAGUCUCCCAGCCGUACCGCUGUUCCCAUCGCGCUCCGUCUAGGUAACAGAUCAUCAAACCCUGCCUCUCCUGUGAGCUUCAGAGCUUCUCCGGCUAGCUCCCCUAUUAUCUCGCACUCGGACGCGGUCGUCAUGUCAAGACGACAAGCUCGACCUACCUCUUGGGACAACAGCCGUGAAUUCAUGCCUCUAUAUCUCCUUGAACAAUCACGACACCCCGCACCCACAACAGGAUCUGUACUUCCUGCGCUGCCACCCAGUGAGCCCAGCGAGACUUCCGCGAGGAACUCACCCGAAUCUGAAUUCCUCAAACACAACGAUGAUUACUUCGGCGAAAACCCUGAUUAUACUGGGCCUGAUCUGCGCGUUGACACUGUUCUCUCUGAGCAGCAAAAGGACUCUGACGCCGAAUCGCAGCAGACGACCCCUCGUGCCGAAUUCAUGCCUAUGCUUCCAGAGCUUACACCUUCUGUCGCUUCCAACGAGCCAACCCCUGGCCUGGCAGAGCCUGAACUCCCAGAACCCACGCCCGCUACAGCCCCUGACCCCCCUACGCCUUCUCUGGCAACUCCUCUUGAGUCUGGUAGUAGGGAUAUGGCUGGUGAUGAGCACUCUACCCCGCCCCCCUUCGAUGCUGCUGCUAUUGCCGUUCCUGCCGGCUUGGGCGCCAGUGCUGGUUUAGCUGCUGCUGCCCUUUUUCAUGCUAGGAAUCGUGCCGACUCACCUGUGGAGAAGACAGAUGAUCUUACCUCUGCCGAUGAGUACUUUUCCGAUGCUAUUGAAGGCCCUUCUGAACAGACUUCACCUAGAGGAGAUAUUCCCGGACGACUUUCAGCUGCCGUUGACAGAGAGCCUACUUCUGAGUUUGCUGCUAAGCCUCCUUACGAACAUUCUUCCGAAACUACAACUGGGGCUUUCACUACCCCCGUCAACGAGCUCGUUGCUGAUGAGCCUUCUGAUGUCACAUCUAAUGUCGAGGUCGCUGCCGAAAGGACAGCAGUCGAACAAACAGAGGAUCAGAUCGCCAGGGAUAUUCCUGAUACCACUGAUACUGCGGCUGAGCCGUUUACUGUUCCUAUCAAUGAGCAUAUGGUUGAGGAACGUAUUCAUGCUGAACCUGACGUCGACUCUGCAAAUGAGGUGGCCAAAGAGAUUGAGGAGCCGGUAGCAAAGGAGGCCGGUGUUGCUGAUAAGAGUGCAGCUGAAUCUUUUGCCAUUCCUGUCAAGGAGCUCGCUACCGAAGAGCCCGCACAUGCCAAGCCCGAUACUGACCUUGCGACUGAAGAGACAAUAGCCAAUGAGGCAGACAGACAGGUAUCAAAGGACAUUUUUGAUGCUGGUGAAACUGCAGAGGAGACUGUCGCCAUUCCUGUCAGUGAACCUACCAUUGAAGAGCCAGCUGUCAGUGAGUCUAUUGUUGAAGAGCGCGCUGUCGAAGAGCCUACUGUCGAAGAGCCUUUGAAUGCGCCAUCAAACACAGAGCAUUUUGUCGGGGAGGCAAAGGAAGAUGCCAUUGACACUUCGACUGAACCCCUCACUGCUCCCAUCACUGAGCCCAGUUCUGAAAAGCCUGCCAAUGUCAAGUAUGGUGCCGAACCUGUAUUCAACGAAGCAACAUCCAAAGAAAUGGAGGAACAAGCUGCCACGGAUGCUGCCGCAGCUUUCCAGGCGGCUGGAGCUGAAGCUGCUGCCAAAUCUGCCGCCGAAGCUGAGACUGCUGCACAGGUUGAAGCUGAAGAGGUUGCUAAGGAGGAGGAGGAGAUGGCUGCUCUCAAGUCUAAGAAGGCCAAGAAGCUCACAAAGGCUGAAAAGACUCGCUUGAUGACCUUGAUUGCCAACUCAGUCAGACGAGCAAAGGCAAAGGCUGCCGAAACCACCCCUAAGCCAGUCGAGCCAGUCGAGCCAGUCGAGCCAGUCGAGCCAGUCACCAAGCCAACCGCAGAGCCUUCUUUGGAGGAGCCUGUAGUUGAGGAGCGCACCGAGACACAGGAGUCCACUGUAGAAGAUAGCACCGCGUCAGCCAAGGAUACAGUUCCUGAGGCUCUUAACAACAUUCAAGAGCCCAAGUCCACCGAACGAGUCGUGGAAACUACUCCUGCUGAAACUGUGGCCGAGGAGCCUUCUCGAGAUCUCACAACAGAACCUGUUAUCGAAGAUGUUACUGCAACCGCUCCUGAAUCUCCACCACUGCCAACCGACGAGCCAUUCGCUGAGCCUUUGGCAGAUGUUGUUCCCGAAACACUUGAACCUUCUGAUGAGCUAGAGACUGAAUCAGCUGACAAGAACAUCGUCAAUCUUCCCAAGUCCAGCUAUGAGCCAGAUACUAUCCCCCAGCCUGAAUUGGUUGUCGAAGAUGUCUCGGUCACUGAGGCCAGGGCUGGAAACAUGAAAGAGAAGACGGAGGACCUUCCUCGUGAAGCUAACAACAACUCCAUGGCACUCACUCCCGAUGCUAUUGUAGAACCUCAAACGACCCCAUCUGUCGACGCCCCUGCCGAAGGUACUGCUGAAGUUGUCGAAAUCGCUGAAGCGAAGCCAGAACAACCUGUGGCUGAGCGUGCAGUGAAUGAGAUCACCACCGAAGAGUGGGACAAGAUGAAUGCCAAGGACAGAAAGAACAUGAAGAAGAAGCUUAAGAAGCAGGGACUUGAACCAAUUAUUCAAGACUCAUUUGAUCUUCCAGCUCCUGCUGAUGACUCGACCAAGGACAACCAGCCUACUCUGAGUGAAGAAGCCAUUGCGGAGGACAAAUCUUCUGCGUUGAAGUCGGUUACGGCUGAAACCGAAAUCUUAGCCCCACCAGCACCCGAGCCAUCUGACGUCUCCGAAGCCGAGGGCGUUCAAGAGCCUGCUACCGCCCAAGGAGAAGAGCCCACCAACAUAACGCUUGAGGAACCGUCUCAUUCUACAGAGGAGGAUACUUUGCCAGUCAACAAAGAAUUGGUCAUUCAGCCAGGAACGGAAAACACAGUACAGGAGAUGGAAGUCCACACUGAACCUGCAGCACCCGCAUCUGAGCAUGAGCCUGCACCUGAAUCGGCCGCCGAGGCCCCUACCGUCACGGAGCCUGCACCUGAUGCCACCCCAUACGAGGACAAGGCCGUCGAGGAGUUGCCUGAGUCUCCAUCCAAGAGCAAGAAGAGAAAGAAGAAGAGCAAGGCGCAGCAACCACCGAAGGAACCAACAUCUAUGGAACCCACAGCUGUUCCGGCUGAGGAUACAGCCAUAGAUGCCUCUCCAACCCCUCAAGCUGAAAAGGCGGCUUUCGAUGCUUGGGCUGAUCCGGUUGUUUCUAUUGAGACCCCCACUGCUGCACCUGUCGACAUACCCGCCGAACAAUCCUCAGCUGUUGUGGAGGAUCCCUCACAACCUUCUGCGGACCUGCCACAGGACGCCCCUGUUGAACAUCCCGUUGACGCAGAUGCCUUUGAUGCCUGGGCUCAGCCAGACGCUGUUGCGAAUACCGAUGUUAUUGAGCAAGAGCAGGAUAAGCCUGCUGACAUUGCUGAACCACUUCCCGAACAAUCCAACGAGUCAAUGCAGGGCGAAGAUUCCGUUUCUUCCAAGUCAAAAAAGAAGAAACCGAAGAAGAAGGGCAACAACACAGAUGACGAGCCAGUAACUGAGACUCAGGAUAGCACUUUGCAAGAUAAAUCUCUUGACGCACCCGAGAAGACAACAUAUGAUUUGCCCGAACCACCCGCCCUGGUAGCCGGUACAAAGACUGAUAUCAUCGAUGACACCCCGGCCAACGAAGCUACACCAUCGAAACCUGUUGUGUCAAUACCCAAGCAGGAUGGUGUGCUCGCUGCACCAGUACCUAACACCCGAGAGCCUGAUGAUCUGGAUGACGUCCCCUACUCUCCCUCUUCUGGCAAUCAAUCCCCUUCCACCAAUGAUCGAAAAGGUUACUUUCCUUCUGCCCUUCGCGCACUUCCCGGUGCUGCAGGAAUAUCGGCCUUUAAGAGAAUGUGGGGAUUCCAGGAUCAAGCGAGAGCGCAGAACCGCAUGCGUCAAGCUCAACCUGAUGCUUCCAAGCCCAGCAGUGAGAGCCAGCCCGACCCUGUAAGCGCUGAGACAUCAGAGGUCGCCGAGGCAAAGCCUGAUGUUCCCAUCGCCGAAGUGGUUAGUGACAAGGCUGCUGCUAAUAAGCCCCUGACUUCGUCUGAUUCUCAUAUGUCCGAGCCACUUUUCUCUCAAGGGGAUGCGCCUGUAGAGGAAUCGCAGGCAACGAAUAGUGAAGUGGAGCCUUCGCAGGGUGAUGAGCCGCAGAAUGUCGCCACACAUGUGAACGACGACGUUCCUGACAACAAUGAUGCACCUGCAGCCGUUGAACAGCCUGUGGCGGAGACAGAGGAUGGACCAGCCGAAUCAGCCGAAAUCGCACCUGAGACAGUACGCAAGAUUCGUACUGGAGUAAUUGAAAGCGAGGAUGUGAAAUCCGUCGAGAACCCACCGAUUGAGAUAAUAUCCGACGCAGCACAAGCUAUUGAGGGCAAGCCUGAUGAGACUGCCGAGGAUAAACCUAGGGAGAUGACAAAAGACAAUAACGCGAACCCUUUAGAGUCAGCACCAGAUGAUACGGCAGAGGCUACCGAAGCCAAGCCUGAACUAGCUACCGAAGAGGAGUCAAACAAGACCGUUGAAGUCGAGAACACAAAGACUGCCGAGGAAACUGUUGUAGGAAACAUUGAGGACGACGUGUCUGGUUCUAAGAAGAAGGCAAAGAAGAACAAAAAGAAGAAGAAGAUCCAAGCCGGCCAGGACGAGACUCUCGAGCACGAGACAAAUGAUUCGGUUCAACAAGACCAAGUGAUUAAGGAAACACCCGUUGAGGAAGUCACACAUGUGUCGAAUGAGGCGGACAACCAGGCCUCGUUCUCGGAACCGGUGGCAGAAGCCUCUCAUGACACCCCAGAGGAACUCGGUGUAACAGAGCCUGGAGUAAAGCCAGACAACACAACUCAAGUCGAAAUUGCUGACGAUCAACCUGAAACCAAGCCGGAGAUUGAGAAAUCAAUUGAACCAGAGGUUUUGGACCAACUGUCAGCCGACGACAAACCAGUUGAGGGUGAGACAAAAGAAGAGGCCAAAAUCGACAACGAGCCAACUCAAAUGCGGUCUGAAGAAGAGCUGCACAUGAAUGAGAAGCCUGAAGAUACACCUGAGGCCCGGCCCGACGACAACUCAGAAGACAAGCUCCAGAGCGGCGAUAAAUUCCCUGAAGCCGAGGUCGACCAGUCACAGACUGAUGGCGAGCUGGUGAAGACUGAAAAUCAAGAGUCUCAUCAGACCAACCAUGACGCUGCUCAAGCUGAAGACAUACCCACCGUUCCCGAGGUCCAGCUGUUACCGCAAGUUGAUGACAAGUCUCAGGCUGAAGCAGAGGAAUCACAACAGAUGGACGGCAAACCCCUCGAAUCAGAUGCACAAGAGACAUUGCAAACUGAUGCCAAGUCGGUCAAAGAUGAGAUCAAGGAGCCAGAUUCCGAUGUUAAAUCGCCCCAAGUCGAGACCCCCAAGGAAGAUGACAAACCAAGUCAGCCCGAGGUCGCGGAACGAACACAGACUGACGACAAGCCCACGCAAGCUGAGAGCAUCGACGACAAAACAGUUGGUUCUGAAGACAAAUAUCCCUCCUCCAGCGAGAAGCAGGUGGAUACAACAGUAUCUGAGGAACCAACCCAAGCUAGCCGGGAUGUCGUCGCCAUGCCCUCUGCAGAUGACAUUUCUCCGAUGACAUGGAAAGCUGGGUCACCAAAAGCCGGGUCAGUUGCAAUGAAAAUCAAAGAAGCAGAGAGCAAAGCUUUGCGCCAAGCAGUGGACACUGAGACAGCGAAAGACAAUGCGGAGAUCGAAGCAUUGCUCGAAAAGCAAUCGCGCAGAGGAGGCCGUCUCCUCAAGAAAGAUCAAAAACGCCUUACCGCCCUUGAGGAUAGCGUGGCUCGAAGGGCAGAGGCACGAGCUGCCCGUGAAGCUACGCCGCCAGCUGCUCAGGAGCCCACCGAUUCCCUCGCUGCCGAUGUCAAUGUCCAGAAACCUGCCAAAACGGACGCCGAACCAGCUCAGCCAGAGGAAACUCGUGACAUAGAUAUUCCCCAAGAUACGGCUCCAGCCAAUGAGGCGACCGCAGCUGCUGAGAAUCAAUCUGGCAGUGAAGCCCAGCCAACAGAAACAUCGGGCGAAGCCGAAACAGCGGGCGCGGGUUCAUUGAACGAGGCCACAGAAACUCUGACAGAUUUACCGUCGGAGAACAAGCCUAUGAACGACCAGGUUGCCACUGAUACGGCCCCAGCUGCAGAGCCCCAAGAGAAAACAACAGUCGACAACGAGGUAACGGAGCCAGCAAGCAAGAAGUCCAAGAAAAAGAAGAAGAGAAAAUCAGUAUCCAUUUCCGAGAACGGGGAAUCGCAGAAUCUAGGAACAGAAAACACUGAUACGCGCACAUCGGCACCUGAAUCCGAACAACUUGAUCAAAUUGCUGCCAACACUGAGGAUACUCCUGCACACGUGGAACUUGCUCCUGAAGAGGCUCCUGCCGCUCAAGAUAUACCCGAAGUCCCAGCCUCCGAGGAUACAGCCACAGAUGUACCGUCAUCUGAUGCAAAAGAAACCGAAGCGUCUUCAUUGAUCAACCCCGGAAAUCCUUCGACUGAGAACACCACUGCUGAGAGCCAGGCCGAGGGACCUUCAGAUGCUACCUUGGACAAGGUUGAAUCAGAGUCUACCUCCGAGAAGAAGAGCAAGAAGAAUAAGAAGAAGAAGAAGAAGGACACAUCUACAGAUGAACCAGAAAAGCAACCUGACGCCGAGUCCUCAACUCAGACGACUUCUGAAUCCAUAUCUAAGGUUUCUGAGGAUGCCAAAGAUGUUGAACAAGAAGCAUCUUCCGGUACAACUAACCUAGCAGAGCCAGUCGACGGCGAGACUGCAGAAGCAUCUCCUCUUCCACUGGGAUCUGAAACAGCGAACAUGGCUCCUGAGAUUCUCCCGACAGACGAUGAGCCGGCACAGCCAGCUGAUGGCGAGAAGCCUGAAGAGGUCUCUCCUGGCCAGGAACCAGCAUCAGCCACCGAGGCUACUGAAGUACCAGAUGCUGUUGUUCCCGAGCAACCCCCUACCGAACAACCUCUACCGAACGUCGACGAACCCGAUUCCCCUGCAAAACUGUCCAAGAAGGAUAAGAAGAAAAAGAAGAAGGCAGAUAAGAAGAAGGCUGCACUUGAAGAAGAAUCUAAGGAGCCUGAGCCCGAGCCUACUGCAUCUUCCGAAAAGGGUGAAGCUGAGGUUGAACUCGUAACAACCGAGCGCUCGGUCGAAGAUCCCAAAGUCACGCGUGACGAGAUGUCCAAGGAGACCGACUCCAAAGAAAUUCCCAAGCCAGAUAUAGUUUUGGAGGGCGAGAAUAUCACACCAGCCAACGAAGCCAAAGUGCCAGACACCGGUGAUUCCGGAGAACUUCCUAGUGAAGAACCAGCUAGUCCUGAAGACGAGCGGGGUGGGUUUAGCCUCAGUCAAUCCCAGACCGACCAAAAGAACAAGGCUAAAGACAGCGAUUUUGAAUCCGUACAGGACCUCAAGACCAAUCAUCCAACGCAGCCGGAGACGAUCAUGGAUCCGGUAAGACAGGGCGUAACCACCGCCGUCGUGGAUGAGGCCCAGAGCCAAGGAUCUUCUGAAGGCACACCACGACAGGGGGAUAAGACUGAAGCUGUUCAUCGUGAUCCCCCCGUUGAGCCUGAAACAAAGCUGGAGUCGGGUCUGGGAUUGGAAUUGGGAAAGGAAAAGAUGGAAGAUGACGAGGAGUUUGCUGGCCUGUCGAAGAAACAAAUCAAGAAGUUGAAGAAAGCUCGAGCUCUGGUUACCCCGGAAUCUUCAGUUGAAGCAGAGAUGCCAAAGGAAAGCGGAACCUCACUAGACGAGGCAGCGGAACCUGCGACUGAAGCUGGUACAGAGUCUGAGUCAACCCCUCAAACUUGUGCCGAAUCUGCGGCUGAAACCACCAUUGGGGCAGAGCAAGAGCUUGGUUACGAGACCAUGAAUGAUCCACUCCCUGACAUUGAGGAGACUGUACCUAUAAUUGAGCCUGAUUUUGAAGCUGAACCCGAGUCCAAAACUGAGAUUCAACCUUUGGACAAUACCGAUAUUCAACCUGCGACAGAGGGAGCUGAUGCCGAGCCCAAACUUGAUGCCGACUUGCAAACAAGACAACCCCAGUCUGAUGGACAGACAACUUCCGAACAGGAUACCAUUGUUCCUGCGCCGGAUGUUGAUUCUGGAGACAAUUUAACUGAUGUCCCUGACAAGAGUUCAAGUACUAACCUUCCCGUUGAGCAUCAAGUUGUGAAGGAGCCAGAUUCCUCUCGCGUAGAGGAAGCAGCUGAGCCACCGCAGAUGCUCGGUGAAUCCGUCAAGGCAACUCAAGAUUCACGCUCGCACGUUGAGUCGGAAGCAGGGCCUAUCGCCUCAGCGAAGCCUGAACAGCCUGAAGUGGCUACCGAAGACAUCCCGUCCUCGUCGUUAAACAUGGCAGAAAAGAGUGCGGAGGCACCAACUGUGAAAGCGGAACCUUCAGAGCCAGUCGAGAUCAACCAGCCACUUGAAGAGACACUGGCCGAUAUUCCCGCUGAAAGCGUGGAUGAAAACGCUCCUGAACAGGCGGUGCAAGAUCCCCAAGAGCCUAUCCUGCAGCCACUUGAAGACCCUACACAGUCGUCUGAACCAGAAACUGUUGAGCCAGAAGCCAUUUCUGAGCCUGCAGCCCAAGUUGGAACUACACCAGAACGUGAUACUCAAACACCGUCUACUGAUGUUGCGACGGGAUCUAAGGAACAGACGCCUCUAGACCUACAGCCGUCGCCAGACCUCCCCCUUCCUACGACAGUCCUACCCAAAAACCCCAGUAGUCCCCGACUUGUGAGUGAAGCUGCUGGGCCUGAAUCAGUGGGACAAGACCUUUCUGUCACUAUCGAGGAAACGGACCCUCUGUCUGUUGCCCCCAAUGUUCUCGAGAGCGACGACACUCAAAUUCCUGAUGCCCAGACUGUGCCUAUGUUAGAGGAGGAGAGCAAGUCAGUGGAAAGCAAUGUCGAGAAGCAAUUUGAGGAACUCCCGCAGCCUACCGUUGGAGGCAGUCUCGUGGUCCCUGCGGACUCGCCUCUAGAGGAAAAACCAAUUGAGGAAACUGCUACUUCAUCGUAUCCUACCACUGAGGCCAUUCCUAUUCCCGAGCCAGAGGAAGACCCAGCAAGAGAUACUGAAGCCAACCAAGACAUUACAAACGAGACCACUAAUGACGAGGCAAAGGCGGAACCCGUCGAGCUGACAAAGGAUAAGCCGAUCACGCCUGUACUCGAAAAUCAACAACAGUUGGUUUCUGAUGACCAUUCUCUUGAGAGUUCUACGUCGCAGAGCGAUCCGCAAGUGACCGACGAUAAAUCCGGUGAGAAGGCCCAACUCCCCAGAGAGGAUGCAGAAAUGGAGGGGUUUGAGGACAGCGUACCAAGCGAGACGAACGUUCAGGAGACACCAGAGGCGACUCAAGAUACUAUUCUCCCACAAGUCGAAUCCACGACAGAGGAUAUUAUCCCCGAUACCACUGCGCUGCCAGAUGCCUUGCCGGAUCCACCAACCGAGUUGAUAGACACCCCUAAUACCAAUGUGCCUGAAAAGCCGGAACGUGGUGAGAAUGAGUUUACAACCGAGGACUGGCAAUCUCUCGCUGCCAAGGAGAAGAAGAACAUUAAGAAAAAGCUGAAAAGGAAGGGCCUUGACCUAAUCAUUCAAGAUUCUUUCGGACCUAUAACUCCUGGUAGCGAGGUGGUGCUUGAAGCUGGCACUGAAUCAGAGCCUGUCGCCACUCAACCAGAAGAGCUGAUCACUGGACUUACUGAAAUCGAAGCGCAGACUGAGCAAAACCAGGAAGAACCCCCAAACAAGACAUCUGAUAAGCUUUCUUCCAGCCCAGAUGACAACAAUGUUGUUGACACACAGGACGAUCUCAACGACGUGACAAAGGAGCAGGCCGAACCCACAGGCCAAGCCACACCUGCUGAAAAGAACAUCCCCACUGAGCCACCAUCUUCGCAAGAGACGCCCCCACCCGCUGAAGUCAAGUCAGAUGAGCAAGAAAGUGCGAAGGAUAAUGUGGUUUCCCCUCCAGAGGCCGACGAUGAGAAGAUGGCGGAACUCGAACGCAAACCCGAGACUCAAGUGCCAGCAAUGGAAGUGCCGGCAGUCGAAGCUCCAAGCGAAUCUGAAAUGCCGUCAUUGCUCGAAGAAAGCCAGCGUGGAUCUGAAUCACAAGAAGAAGUCCCAGUUCCUUCGCCGGCCAAGAAUGACACCAGUCAAGAAACCGAAACCGAAAUUGCACUCGUCGAGCCGAUUAGGGAAAUGGAGCCCGAACCAUCAACAUCGCAUGAACUGGAUCACCGAGUUACAACACCCCAGCCUACGAGUGAAGUCCCAGAGGCUCAUGAUCUGGAACUACCGUCUUCAAACCCAGUCACGGAAACCGAAGGGGUACCAGAAACUCACAAAGAUAUGGUUAUUGGCUCGGGCCCCAAGGAGUCCUCAGCGCCCGUCGAUCAGACGCCUCUUGUCCAGGAGACCAUUGUGGUUGAAGAGUCAUCAGACAUCUCGCCGAAAAAGAGUAAAAAGAAGAGAAAGAGUCGUAAAUCUGACCUUAGCGAAACCGAGACUCAAGCCCCUAGCAGCAGCGAGACAAACAAUGCAGUCAGUGAUGAUGUGCCACAAGAAACCCGCCGGACCGUGGAGGAUACGCAGGACCAUGAAAAGAACGACAAAUGUCAGGAUCAACCAGACAGUAUCAUGACCAGCCAACCAGCAAAUGAGAUGCCAUCAUCAGUAGAGCAGCCAUCAGUCAACACCGAUUAUCCAACUCUCGACACACGAGAGACUUUGGAGAAAAGCAAGAGCCAAAAAGAAAACCAAGAAGUCUCCCACAUCAUCGAUGACACUAACGCUCCAAUGCCUACCGACCUGUCUCCAACAUCCAGAGAUGUAGAACAAGCGCAGCCCACACAGCCCCAGCCGGAACAGACUGUUGUUAUUGAAAAAAGAGAACCAACAUCAGAUACCACAGGAGAAGACCGCGAGAACACAGCCUCUCUGCCUGAUACACAUGCUGAAGGAAGAUCAGUUGAGACUGAGCUGGAUGUGAACGUUGUGCCUUCUGAAGGCAAAAAGAAGUCCAAGAAAAACUCUAGCGCUGCUAGCGCCGAACUUACCGAUUCAAACAACGGUCACCCAAGCUUGGAGCCUGUCCAGAGAUUCGACGAGCAGCAAGAUAAGCCGAAUCCCGCGGAUAUACCAACGGUCGAACGCUCUGGUCAGCAGACACAAGACGAACCUGCCAAACCUGAUGAGAGCAAUUCCCCAAGGAAUAUCCUAGAGAAGCCCACCUCAGGACUGCCAACUCCCACGCCAAAAACCACAUUUGAAGACAUUGUAAAGCAGACACCUGGCGAUGACGUUGCUAAACCCAUCAAGUCGCCUGUUCGAUCCAGCAAAGGCAAGACCACAACACAGUCAGAGGGCAUUGCUGGCUCGAUCUUCUCCAUGGCCAGUUCGUUCUUCUCCCAGAAGGACAAGAAGAAGAAGCGAAAAGGUGAGCCCACUGGGACACCCGGGUCAGGAACAGCAUCCCCAAUUGAACAAAGUCACGAAACCCAACACAGGCCAUCACAGUCUCCCAAAAGCAAAGCCCGCUCAAAUCCAAAUGAUGCGUUAAUUGAGCAUAUCCAGCCAGUCGAAGAGACAACCACUUUCAAUACACCUGAAUCUCCGAAACAGCUCGAUCAAAUUAAAAGACCUGUCAAGCUAGUGGAGCAAGAUACUGUUGAACGUGGUCCCUCGCCCGCUUCAAAGACCGAUGGGAAGAAUGGCAUGGAAAAGGACACUGGUCAACCUCCCGCAGACAAUAGCACUAGGGAUUUAUCUACAGACGCCACAGGAAUUGCUCAUAUAGUUAACGAAACCCCUGGUGCUGUCGAGGAUGACUUGAAUGUAGGGCAAGCAGUGGGUACGGCUACGACAGGGGAUUCCUCUGGAAAGCUAUCAAAGAAGGACAAGAAAACCAAAAAGAAAGAGCAGAAGCGAGCCGAGGGUGAAGCCAAACAGACAAGAGAGGCCCCGAAUGUCGCGCCCUCUUACCCAAUAGCUCCCGACCAACUCGUACAGAGCAACCCUGAUACGGAGCAACCUGUUCAGGCUUCUGGGCCGGCUCCUCAGGCUACAGAGUCACUCGAGUCUUCUACUUUGCCACAAAAACCCGAGGUUUCUACACAGCCAUCACCCGAUCUACCCCAGAGUGGUGACUUCCUCCAACUUGGGGGGGAAGAAACUAGUCUGCAAGGCCAAAAGUCAAGGAUGAACGAACAGGACAUUGAGCAACCCGAGCAUAGCUCCCUGAUCGGCUCCACAACCAAAGGCGAUGCAAAGCCCGAAAACGAAGACGUUCAGGCGUCGCCUGCUGUCAAGCAACCUCAGUCUAUCGUUGAAGAGCCUUUGACAGACCCUGUGCCAAGCAAAAUGCUAGAAAGCGGGCGGGAUACUGCCACGGACUUUGAUAACUCUACGCAAGCUAAGGAUUUGGCUAUGGUAACUGAGCCUCCUCUGGCGAGUCCUGUUGAUGAGCCCAUGACCCAGCCUGCAGUGCCAUUUAUCCCUGAAGGCCAAGCCUCGGGCUCUACUCCCGUCAAUCCCAUCAAUCCCCAGUCACCUUCUGCUAUACCCACAAAGGUAGAGGGUAUUGACGCUAGUUCAGAUUCGAAGCUGUCGAAGAAGGAAAAGAAAAAGGCGAAGAAGCUAGCUUUGGAAAAGGAAGUUGCAACUGAGCCUGAGGCCUCUGACGCACCAGAUACUGAGUCUUCUCGGGCCAGCAAGCCAACAGAACCAGACGCACGAGCUGCCAUUGAAGCGAACGAUCAAGACGUUGAGGGCGAGAUCAACCCGGAUGCACCAACAAGUUCGAAGAAAGGAAAGGAGACUGAGCGUGAAACUGAAAUCGAAAGCGCCAUCACCACUCCAGUCGACAGAAAGCUUAGUGCUCCACCAGUAGCGGAACCAUCGCAGCUUGUAACAGCCCCGGCCCAAGGCAAGACCACAGUUGAACCUGAUCUAGCAACAAUCGUCGAGCCUUCUGAGAAAGCAAUUUUGCCUAGGCCAGCAUCAGACAUCCUCACAUCUGGACCAGACGCUUUAACAGAGUCCCCAAUGACAGCUGCCCCUGUCGCGAUACCUCAAGAGCCUGGUAUGAUCAUACCCGAGGAGAACUUCCAAACGCUUCCCCUGUCUCCUCAGAAUAAGCAUAUGAGUGCGGAAGACCGAUCGACGAAACCUGCUUUAGCCCCUUCACCGAGUUUCAAAAACGACACAACUCUUAGCGCUCGAUUGGGGUUUAAUAGGCCCACUGCGAGUACGAAAGAGAAGAAGAAGAAGCGCCGGAAGAGCUCAGAGCAGACAAUGUCGUCCCCAGAGUCUGUUCCCGUUAGUUCGCCAGGUACCUUGACCGAGACAGAUAAACGAUCAGCGAAGACUCAAAAUGGUGUUGGAGAUAGCACAGCUGCUGCGGGUGAUAAACGACCAAGCAAGCUCGAAACAUCUAUUUUUGCUAGAGUUACGGCAGCUGCAGCCGCUGCAUGGGGUACUAAAAAGGCUGGUGACAAGACCACGAAGGAACAGACGCAGGAUGAGCAAAACUAUGGAGAAGGAAGAUUAGGAGAGAGAGAGAGUACUCAAGACGAGCGAGGUGAGCGAGCUUCGACUGAUGGAAAAACGACAACCGAGGCCAACCCGCACGACAUCAAGAACCCAACCAUAGACACCGCCAAGGACGCCCAUCAAAGGACAUCGGUGUCCCGUGAAGUACGAGAAGUCGAUAUGGAUAGGAAGACAGAUGAGGCUGCGAUGGUCGGUAAUGAAUCCAAGGACAAGGAAAGAGAAACUACUGGAAAUUCGACAAACAAGACCAAGACCCCCGAGAAAAGGUUGAAAUCCUCAAAAGGCACUGAGAGUGCCAGACAAUCACCAGCCGAACCUAAGCAGCCAGAACGACAAGAUGAAAUGGCUAGCCCACACGGGCUGACCAGAGACGCCCCUGCCAGGUUCGGACAGGAGGACAAGAUUUUACAAAGAUCACGGCCGGACGACUUGGACGACGCGGAGAGUCCCGUUCUCGGCCGCGGCGAUUCACAGUUGUCAAGAGGGUCGCUGCAGAAGCUAUUACGCCGUGACUCUGGCGUAGACGAGCCCCGAGGUGGCCUGCUACGAGAAGACAGCACUACAAUCGCGCCUAUGCCGGUCAUGGAAUCCGACACCAGUGAUAUUCUGAGGUCGCCAAGCAGACUUUUAGAGCCGGUCCUCGAGGUUCCUGAGGCGGAAACGGAACCAACCAGGGGGACAUACUCACCACCACCUCAAGUCAGACGAAACAGCGGCCCUGCUGGUGACGCAUCGAGUUUUCAGAGACGGAGCAGGCGUCUGAGUGAAGAAUCCAGACGUGAUAGUGUCACAGGAGAGAGGCCAACUUUGAGACGAAACAAACACCGCAGUCCAGAAUCGUUUCGCGACAGCGGAAUAGAGACCGAUGGCUGGGAGCAUCCACAGCCAAAUUUGGACCGUACGGUGAUGCAAACUCCCGAGCCAAAAACCGAGCGAAGACUUCGUCGCUCUCCUCGAGGCGGCACGCCAGUGUUCCGAGAGCCCACUAUACCAAGUCCAACCCCAGAGCCUGAGAAGAAGAAACAAUAUGGAAUCCUUACACCGGUAGGCGCUACCGUUGCAGCGGGUGCGGGUGCGGGCCUAGCGUCAACGCUAUCUAGAUCUGGGCCGGGACCUUCAACAUCGACAUCGACAUCGACACCCACUCGAACGCCCACUCCAACUUCAAACUCAAACCCAAACUCAAACUCUAACCCUGCAGCGUCAUAUGCUGGACGAAGAAGCUUUUCUGACAAUGCAAGUCCUGUUCGGCGAUCGACUCCUCGCCUCGAAAGCGCAGCCCGCCGGGCUGUCUCUAACACGAGCCUCUCGCGUCGUCGAACCCCAGAGCCGCUUCAUUCGAGGCCUGAAAGUCCAGGCACCAACCGGUCGUCAGGCACCCCCACUCCACCGCUACGCCGCGCCGAUAAGCGAAUGAGCGGUGAUCUGCGGUCUAUACGUCAACAAAACAACACCGCUACCGGUACCGCAACAGCGCCUGUCAGCUCCACGCCCGUCGCAAAUGAGGGUCGUGCCCGUGCCACCAAGGACAUGGCCGACAUCUACGAUGGCUUCGGUGAGGGGCGCAUCGGCUCGCCUCGAUCGCCUACCCGGCCUCACAGCAUGCGCCGCCGACAGAGCAUGCAGGUCCUCGAACUCGAGAAUAGGGUUGAGCAGCUAAUGGCCGAGAACCGAAUGCUCACAGAUGCCCGUGCUAUGGCUGAGACAAGUUUGAGCCAACGCGCUGCCAACAGUCUCGCCGAGCGCGAUGCCGAGAUCGAUACCCUUAAGCAAUCGUUACAGUUCCUCCAGAACGAAGUUUCUCGACUUAGCGAAGUUAACGACGGUCUUGCCAGCGCCAAUGCUGAGCUCGCCAAUAAAGACACAGGCCGUGUAGCCGACCUCGAGAGCCGCAACGCGAUUGUCGCGCGUGAAUUGGAAGAGGCCCGUCGCUCCAAAGGAACCACUGAGCAGUCCCUUGAAGAGAAAGACGCUGAGAUUGCCGAUCUUCGAGCCCAACUCGACUCCGCCAAAGAAAAGAUUCGCGAGUUGCAACGUCAAAUCCUUGAGGCCAAGGCCCAUGACGCCCACUUCCUCAACAUUCGUGACGAGGAUCACUUUGAUCACCGCUGCCAACAACUUUGCUCCCAUGUUCAACAGUGGGUGCUGCGUUUCUCUAAAUUCUCAGACAUGCGCGCUUGUCGCUUGACAAAUGAGAUCAAUGACGAGAAAACAAUCGACCGACUCGACAACGCCGUACUUGAUGGCUCUGACGUCGACGUUUACCUUCGGGAUCGUGUAAAACGACGUGAUAUCUUCAUGUCCAUGACCAUGAACAUGAUCUGGGAAUUCGUCUUCACCCGCUACCUGUUCGGUAUGGAUAGAGAGCAGAGACAGAAGCUCAAGUCGUUGGAGAAAUUACUGACUGAGGUCGGUCCCCCCGAAGCGGUACGCCAAUGGCGUGCCGUCACUUUAACACUACUGGCGAAGCGCGAAAACUUCAAACGCCAGCGCGACCUGGAUACAGAGGCCGUUGUCCAGGCCAUCUUCCAGACGCUAUGCAAGAUCCUUCCACCACCGACAAACCUGGAGGAUCAAAUUCAAUCUCAGCUACGACGCGUCAUGAGAGAGGCCGUUGGUCUCUCGAUCGAGAUGCGUACGCAGAAAGCUGAAUACAUGAUGCUGCCGCCUCUGCGACCCGAGUACGAUGCAGACGGCGAGCUUACCGCCACAGUCCAAUUCAACGCAUCAAUGAUGAACGAGCGAAGCGGUAGCAUUACCACCUCGAAUGAAGAUCUUGAGGCUCAAGGCGCGAUUGUCAGAGUCGUCCUGUUCCCACUUGUCGUCAAGAAAGGAGACGACAAUGGCAAGGGCGAUGAAGAAAUCGUUGUGUGCCCAGCCCAGGUUCUGGUCCCUCGCUCCAGGAUGUUUCCUGGUGCGAGCGACGGCGGAAGUACCUCUAUUGGUGCACGAAGUCAUAUUAGCCUUGUGACUGAGACGAUGGGCCAAACUGAGGUUGACUAUUAG